AUGGUGAUUUCCCCAGUGAGACCAGCACCACCAAGGUUGAGAGCAACAUUUGAUGGGAAGCCUGAAAAACUUGCUUAUUUCCUCAGCCGAAUCUGGGCACAUAUAGAUCAAUAUGGAAACCAAUACAAAACAGAGCGCGACCUAGUUUCCACAAUCACAGAUGGGAUGAAUGAAGCUUCCACCUGGAUAGCCCAGCUACACAAUAAGGAAGCUGCGGAGCUAAAUGAUGAAGAUGGAUUUGUUGAGCUGCUCUGGGCUAGAUUUGAAGACCCUGACAGAGUAGGUGAAAAUGAAGACAAAAUAAAAGUUAUGAAGCAAGGAAUUAUCAAAUGCUACCGUUGUGGUCAAGCGGGUCAUCGUGCUUCUGAAUGUCUGGCCCCUGCACUGGUUCUGCAACCAAGGCCCAUUACAGCUUCCAAAGGCAGCAAAGCCCCACGGAAGCCCCCAGACACCAGUUGGUUUGCCAGACAAGCUGUAGAGGUUCCCCUCCCCACAGAAGAGAGCGAGGAACCUCAGGCCAAAGAAACCCUUUCCAGAAAGGCAAAUGAUGAAGAGGACCCUGUGCACAAUAUUAGCAUUGAGAUGAAGGUAGCAAUUGAUCUUAUGAAACUCAUUCUUUACUUAAUAGAACAUCUGGUAACUAUUUGCUUAGGUAUAAUUGUAUUUAUUGCUGAAGAUAAAGAAGAGCAGCAGUAUGAACAUAACUGUUUACUGGAGGAAUCAGAUGGUGUUCAGUACUCUCAGAGAUCAUCGACAGAGAAGCUUGAAACAAACAAAGGGGCAAAUAAUGAGUACAAGUCUUCAUGCUGCAAAGUGUGGUUCUCCUUGGAAAUACAUAGUAUGCCAGCGCAGCCAGAAAAAACUCUGGAUGUGGAAUGUGCAGUUUUGGAUACUAUUGACAUUGGAAUUCCAAUAACUAAUCCUACAGAUGAUGUUCUGGAAUUAGAUGUAGAAUUAAUAGAUGCUAUUACACUCAGUGGUGAAAACAAGUUUGUUCUUGAACCAAAAGAAAUGUUAUGUUAUGAAGUAAAGUAUUCUCCAGCUACCACUGGCCAUAUGGAUGGAAGUGUUAUAUUUACAUCAGAGAAAUUAGGAGAGUUUUGGUAUGCAUUGAAGCUGAUUGGACAGAUGCCUCAUCCAAUAAGAUUGCCUGAAAUAGAAUGUGAACUUGGAAAAUGGGUCAGCCAGCAUAUUCCUCUGGUUAAUUCUACAUAUGAAAUUCUAGAAUUGGAAUAUUUGAACAGCAAUCCAGGCCAUUUUUCAAUGGAGAUUGACCCCAAAACCAAAUUGACUGUUGCUCCUCAUUCCACUACUGAAAUAUCAGUUCUGUUUUGUCCAUCUGCAUUAGGAAGAACAAAUCACACUGCAAGCAUAAUUUUCAAAUGCCCACAGUUUGAGGAAUGGGUAUUUUACUUGUCGGGUAUUGGUCGGAUACCUCAAUCAAUGGAACCAGCUAGUGUCAGUUCUUGUCUUGGUCAGCAUUCUUCUAUCAUUGUAAACUUCAAGAAUCCUACAUUUGAAGAAGUUGUGGUAGAUAUCAUUUUAACAGGUAUGACUGCCCUCAUUUUCUAUUAUGACUGA